AUGCUAGACUUCUGCCGUGGGGAUGCCAGAAAGUUAAAACUUUCUAACCUUAACGGCCUUCCUGAAGAACACUUACAUCGUACAGCCAGAAUAUUCAGGCAGGCAAGAGAAGCACCUCAAUCAGCUCGUGGUAAUACCAAAGCUUGGAGGGUAGAAUUAGAUACCAAAGAACGAUGGGAAAAUCCGCUGAUGGGUUGGUGCAGCACAGCGGAUCCUCUGAGCAACAUUGAGAUGGGACUGAAAUUUGCAUCGAAAGAGAGUGCUAUCUCUUUUUGCGAAAAAGUCGGUUGGGAUUACGAAGUAGAGGAAUUUGCUGAGCCGGAAAUAAAACCGAAGAACUAUGGUGAAAAUUUUGCUUGGGAUAAACGGACGCGUGUUUCUACAAAAUAA